AGAGAGGAAGGGAGAGAGAGAAACAUCAAUGUGAGAGAGAAACAUCCAUCAGUUGCCUCCCAUAAGCACCCUGUCCAGGAUGGAAACUGCAACCUAGUAUGUGCCUUGACCUGGACAGGAAACCACCACCUUUUGGUGUAUGGGAGGACACUCCAACCAAUUGAGCCACCCAACCAGGGUUUUGGUAUAUUUUUAACAUUGUUUUUCUGCAUACUUAAUUUUUAAUCAAUUAAAUUACAUCUUUCAAUGUUUAGAAUCAAAUGCAACUUAGUCCCAUGAUCAACUUUCCAACCUCCUCUCACACCACAUUUGCUCUUUCUUACCCCCUUCCAGUCACACUGCUUCUCCUUCAGCCUCUGGAACAUGCCAAAAUCUUCCUGCCUCUGAACACUGCGCAGCUGCUGCCUAUGCCGAGGUUGACAUUCGUUAGGCUUUUCCCAUGGGUUGGCAUUUUCUUGUACCUCCACUGUUGGGUUCUGUGUCAUCUCCUCAAAGAGGACACACCCAGCCGCUCUACACAAACAAUUGUUGAUUGAAUAAAUGUCUCUUUCCCUUCCUGGGCAAAGCUUACAUCCCUGACCACCCAGUCAAAAGUAGCAUCUCUCCCUUCACCCUUUUUGACAAAUCACGAUUUAUUUUUUUCAUAGCACUAGUCAGUAUUUGAAAUACCUUGUUUGUAUAUUUUCUUAGUUGUUUACUGUCUCUCUCCAUCUAAAGGAUUGAAAAUGUGCCCAUGAAAGCAGGGACCAUGUUUUUUCUUGUUCCCAAUUCUAUCUUCAGCCACCCAAACAAUAAACAUUUGAUGGAUGGAUUUAUGCAGCCUAUUCUAUGGACCAUACAAUGUUUUAUGGACUUCACAAACAAUAAUUUUUUUAAUCCUCACAGUAACUCAAUGAUGGAGUUUGAUUUUUACCCAUUUUACAGUGAAGGAAAUUAAGGCACAGAGCUGUUGAUGAACUUGACCAACUGGAGUUGGAAUCCAAAGCUCAAUAUUCUUAGCCACAAUGAAAUGCUUUUUCCAUAUAUAAACUAACAGAUGGAUGAAACUGACUGAAUGAAUGAAUGAAUUGAAAUGUGAACGCAAAUAUUGAUUUUUUGUGUGUCUCCGGAUUCCCCAGAUGUACCGCAAGGGGGCGCUCGCUUCCAGGUCUUGACGCCAGUCGUGCACUCCUUUUGCGUCUCGGGCUCGCGCGCGCUGCCGCGGCACCGGAAGUGACUGAGCUUGCAAGUUCUCCAGAUCUCUUCAGGGGAAACUGAGGCCGGCUCGUUCGGAAGAGACAGAGCGAGCCGUCAGCCAGGUAGGCCAGCCCGGGUCAGCGGCGCGGAACUCGGCCGCGAAGAGCUCUGGCGUCUGGAAACGACCUGGCGGAGGAAGGGGGGAAUGUGGUCCCCCACGGCUUGCGGGGCUCGCAGAACCUUAUCUUGGCUUUGGAUCUCAGAAGACAACCACUAAGUAGAGACCAGACUCAGUGAGUGAGCAGGUGUUUUGGACAAUGGACUGGUGGAGCCCAUCCCUAUUAUAAAAAUGUCUCAGAGCAACCGGGAGCUGGUGGUUGACUUUCUCUCCUACAAGCUUUCCCAGAAAGGAUACAGCUGGAGUCAGUUUAGUGAUGUGGAAGAGAACAGAACUGAGGCCCCAGAAGGAACUGAAUCAGAGAUGGAGACACCCAGUGCCAUCAAUGGCAACCCAUCCUGGCACCUGGCGGACAGCCCGGCGGUGAAUGGAGCCACUGGCCACAGCAGUAGCUUGGAUGCCCGGGAGGUGAUUCCCAUGGCAGCGGUGAAGCAGGCGCUGAGGGAGGCAGGCGAUGAGUUUGAACUGAGGUACCGGCGGGCAUUCAGUGACCUGACAUCCCAGCUCCACAUCACCCCAGGGACAGCAUAUCAGAGCUUUGAGCAGGUAGUGAAUGAACUCUUCCGGGAUGGGGUGAACUGGGGUCGCAUUGUGGCCUUUUUCUCCUUCGGUGGGGCGCUGUGUGUGGAAAGCGUAGACAAGGAGAUGCAGGUAUUGGUGAGUCGGAUCGCAACUUGGAUGGCCACUUACCUGAAUGACCACCUAGAGCCUUGGAUCCAGGAGAACGGCGGCUGGGACACUUUUGUGGAACUCUACGGAAACAAUGCAGCGGCCGAGAGCCGGAAGGGCCAGGAGCGCUUCAACCGCUGGUUGCUGACGGGCAUGACUCUGGCUGGCAUGGUUCUGCUGGGCUCGCUCCUCAGUCGGAAAUGACCAGACACUGACUACCCACUCACCGUCCCAUCCCUACUACAUCUCUUCUUUCUGCCACCAUUGCCACCAGGAGAACCACUACAUGCAGCCCGUGACCACCGUACACAUCACAGGGUUGGGCCUAGAUUGGGCCCCCCGCAAUUAGUUUCUAGAUUCCGCCAUGCUUCUGUGAGAGCCACCUUCCCCCACACCUCAGUUCUCCUGGCCUUGCAACCCACAAAGUUUCCCCAAAACCUGCCCCGUGGAAGCUGGCAGGUAUGUGGGAGUUGGGGGCUAGAGGGCACUGCCUGAUUGGUGGAACCCCCCUACCCCUUAGCCUCUCCAAGAAUACUUUCCUGCCAGGGAGCUAGAAAGUUUUCUGACCUUUUUUCCCAGAAACAAAGACUAGAUUGCCUUCGUUUUGAUGUUUGUGGCCUCAGAGUUGAUCAUUUCUUAUCCCUGCCCCACCCUACCCCCCCAGGACCUGAGCUCCCCUUCCUUUUAUUCCCGCCCUCCAAUAGCUACUUAGGGGCCAAUUCUGACUAGUUAGGGAUUCAGGCUGCUUCGGAUGAAAAAACUAGGACCAGGACCCCCUUCCCAACUCUGGCCUGGCCAAAGUCCCCACCCGCCAUCCCCAAUGUCCUGGAGGCCUUUGGCUAGAGGCCAGCCCAACCCAGGAGGAGGGCCUGCGGCUGCAGGAAGCACCCCACACCAGAGCUAGGGUGACCCCUUGCAGUUUAGCACUACCCCAGUCCCCUUCCCUUUCCCCUCCCCUGGCUCCCUUGACCAUGACUGAGGGACCAAGUGGGCCCAAGACAGAUACCCCAGAGCUGUUUAUGGCCUCAGCUGCCUCACUUCCUGCAAGGAGAUCAGCCUUGUGGCAUCUUUGCUUUGGACUGCUGCCCAUGGGGUUCAGGGGCCUCGGCCCAGGGGUGAAGGGGAGCAGUAGGCAGCAGCUAUGGGAGCCCUAGGGUCUUCCCUACCUCAGGCAGGAAGGGCAGGAAGGAGAGCCUGGUACACAGGGUGGAAGUAGGGCUGGCUGGAGGGUCAGUCCUGCCUGGCCAAACAGACUUGCGCUCCACCCUCCUGCAGCCUGGGCAGCCAGGCUGCCAGGUCGGAGUAGCCUGGCCAGGAGCCCUUCAGGCCUCCCUCUCUCCUCUGCUCUACCCAUGGCCUGUCUCAUCCCUGGGGUUCCUGGCCUAGCCCUGGCCCCUGGGGCUCUCUGCUGUACAUAUUCGAAACUAGUUUUUAUUCCUUGUGAAGAUGAUAUACUAUUUUUGUUAAGCGUGUCUGUAUUUAUGUGUGAGGAGCUGCUGGCUUGCUGUGCGUGUGCACGUGGAGAGCUGGUGCCCAGAGAUCGAACAGCCUGAUGCUCCCUCCCUGCCCUGGUCCGGGGAAGCCAGCCAGGGGUCCUGGCUCCUGAGGGGCACCUGUCCCUCCCCCAACCCCUAUCCUACACUUGUCCCAGCUCUUUGAACUAGUCUGUGUGCAGGUGAAAGUGGAGUAAAGUAAUAAACUGUUCAUAAGUGAA